AUGGAAAUAAGAUCAGGUCUCCCCAAAUAUUCGGGGGCAUUUCAACCUAAUGCAUUAUGUGGAAGAAUCGGAAACAUCAAUGGUUUUUUAUUCAACGGAAAAGGGAUGCCAAGACUUUGCUUAGGCCCAGACUGUAAAAUCUAUUUAGGAUUAUAUUUUUUAGGCUUAUUAAUAGCAAUGAUUGUUUUAAUUUGGGUUUUCAUCAUUAUUAUUGCUCCUUCUAACUAUAUAGCUUAUGCAGGAGAGCUGAUAUUUGCUUAUUUAAUCAUUUGCUUCUUACUUGCUUCAUUUUUGAACCCAGGAAUUCUUUUUAACCCUCUAGAAGACGAAUCAGUAGACUCAGAGCCAAGCAAUAAAAGUCGAAGGUUUUGCAAAAUCUGUGGACUAUUUCGAGCUGAGAGAACAGAACAUUGUGAUCAGUGUGGGGUUUGUAUUGAUGAAUAUGACCACCAUUGCCCUUGGAUUAGUAAAUGUAUAGGAAGAGGGAAUAUUAUUUUUUUCUAUGGAUUUUUAGCAGGACUUGUGAUUACUGUGAUUUAUAUGGCUCUGACGAUUGCAUUCUUAUCAAAUGGCACAGCGAAACAAUAA